AUGAUCCCGACGAUGGCUAGCAAACACUGCGGUGGAAGCUGCAUCCUACGGCGUCACACAUAUAUAUGGCCAGCGCACUGCCAUCAGGCCCUUGAUCACAAGCUGAGUACAGACCACACAAUGGAGAUGCCACUAGCACUGCAACCACUUGUCAAUGGCAUCAAAAGCUACCACAAGUCAGGCCUUCAUUCAGACAUUGAUAUCGUCUGCGGGACACAGCAGUGGAAAGUUCACAAAGCUAUCGUCUGUCCACAAUCAGAGUUCUUCGAGGUGGCCGUGGGAAAAUUCAAGGAGGGACACGAAGGGAAGGUGGAGCUCGAGGGAGACGAACCACAGACCGUGGAUGCUUUCAUUCAUUACCUCUACAACUUCGACUAUGGCGACUUCGGCAAUAGUCAAGGCGAUGUACCUGCUCUGGUUCUCGAUGUUCGCAUGUUCAUCAUUGCCGACAAAUACAACGUGGCACCGUUGCUUGAAUUGGCAGUCACAAAGUUCAAAGAACGCUGCGAGCAGGAGUGGAUGAAGCCGGAGUUUGGUGAGGCUGCUCUCGAGCUGUACUCCAUCGGACUGGAUCAUAACACCUCUCUUCGAGAUGUCAUCGUCGGAACUAUCAACAAGCACGCCUCUGAAGUACUUGACCCAGAUCGCAAGUCUGAGUUCAGCAAGCUGCACGAAGUUAUGGAGCAAACAGAGCUCGGCGCCCACGUUGCGGCACGACUUGCCAGCAGAGUCUGCACUUACAAGUGCCCCAAAACGAAUUGUGGCCGGGUGUUUCAGGUGUCUGUGGCAGCGUACUGUAACUUCAGUUGCCCGAACAAGUGUUACAAUCAAGAUGAGACGUGGUGGGAGCAGCAGCCGAAGCCGGAGUAA